AUGCUUGACCUUGUCAAAGCAACUCACCUUCCAUCUACUGAACUCCAGACUGCUAAAAUGGGACCGAACAAUACCUUAUUAACGGGGAUGCCGUUAGCUAUACUCCAACAACUGCAGAUUGAAUGGAUUACCAGUUUUGAUUGGGAAAAAGAACAGAACUCUAUCAACAAAUACCACCAAUUCAUUGCAAAGAUUGAUGGGCAAGAUAUACACUUUGUUCAUGAGAAAUCUGAGGAUCCUAACGCUAUACCAAUUAUUCUACUACAUGGGUGGCCCGGUUCUUUCCUAGAGAUGCUACCUCUAGUCGAUUUGCUUGUCCGAGACAAUUCAGCUACAACAUCCAAGCAUACCUCUUUCAGUGUUGUAAUACCGUCUCUGCCGGGAUUCGCACUCUCAUCCCCCGCACCUGAUAGCUGGACAACGUCUGACACUGCCAAUAUCUUCAAUAAACUCAUGACAGAAGUUUUGGGUUACAAGACGUAUGCAGUACACAGGACUGACUGGGGAUGUGUCGUGGGGUACGACUUAUACGACCGAUUCAACAAAACCGUUCGGGCGAUACACCUGAGUUUUUUGCCAUUCACGCCGCUUGAUACAGAGCAGCUAGCCGCUGCGAAUAUCACGCUAUCUCCAAGGGAGGUUGUACAGGAAAAUAGAUAUCUUGAGUGGGCAAGCACAGGAAAUGCAUAUUUCUCUGAACAGGCCACAAAGGUAUGA